AUGUCGGCGUUUGAGGAACUGGGUAUAUGUCCCGAGAUAAUUCGCGCAGUGGAAGAGGAAGGGUGGCUUUUGCCUACAGCCAUUCAGCAAGAAGUGAUCCCUAAUAUAUUGACGGGCCGAGAUGUAUGCGCGGCAGCUGAAACUGGUAGUGGUAAAACGGGUGCUUUUGGUAUGCCUUGUUGUCAAAUAGUUCAUGAGCUACUUGUCAAGGGAUGUGCUUCAGAUAUGGGAGAGGUACCGGCAGCUACAGUGUCGACUCGCUUACAACCCGAUAUUAACGAUAAGGACCCUCAAGUCCUAUUCACUCAGGAGGGAGGCGAGAUUAGAUGCGACAAUGAUGCCAGGUGGCAAGGAAUCAGGUGCAACCCUCCCAUCGCAAGCGGAAAGUACUGUUUCGAGGCCACUUUGUUGACCGAGGGCCUGACGCGAAUAGGAAUAAGCACCGCCGGAGCGACGCUCGAUUUGGGCUGCGACAGCCAUUCCUGGGGCUUUGGCAGCACAGGAAAGAAAAGCUAUAAUAGAACUUUUGAUACCUACGGGCGGCCGUUCCGCCAAGGGGACACAAUAUCUGUAUUGAUAGAUAAAACUGGCAAUACAGUAGAGUGGGCCAUCAAUGGGGAACGCCAAGGCGUUGCUUUUGGCAUAGUAAAGGAUCGCGCAGUUAAAGCACACGUGUGCGGCAAGGGAGCGCAUGUCAAAAUUUCCGGAGAGGACCUUCUGUAUACGUUUGAGGGCUAUGCGCCUAUUAAUAGUGUACGAUCAGAAGACCUAGGAAUUGCUGGAAAUGCAUCCGGACCACCAGACGACGAGAGAAGUCCUAUAUGUGUAAUUUUAGAGCCAACCCGAGACUUGGCGCAGCAGACGUAUGCCUGUAUUCUUCAAUACUCCAAGUAUCUUUCAUCACCCGACAUUCGAGCAUUGCUCUGUACUGGCGGACGCGGCAAUGACCAUGAGAUAGUGGACAAACUGCGAAAAGGAGUGGACGUGGUUGUUGGAACUUUACGGGCAAUAACCCACCUGAGCCUGAAAGGAGAUUUGUGUUUGAAUAAGUUGCGAUUUCUGAUCUUGGAUGAGGGCGAUGAGUUGCUUAAGAACGACGACCGGGAAUUUGUUAGCAAGAUUCAGCAGCGCGCUAUGGCUAGCGUUGGGAGGAGGGUUCAGACACUGUUUGUAUCGGCAACAUUGCACGACAAGAAGGUACGGGGCAUGAUCGAGAACUUGACCCAUGACGCAGUUUGGGUGGACCUGAAAGGACGUCCUCACGUACCGGACAGUGUGCGAGCAUGUUUAUAUGUCAUUGAUGCUAACCAUCCGGAGCGGUACGAACUGUUAUUGAAGUCUGUGAAAUUGAAGGACGGAACAACCCUUUUGGAUCGAGAGCCGCCCACUGACGGAGUUCACGCCAAUGAAGCGGCGAGGUUUAGUGGAUCUCCGGAGGGGAAGAAGAGCCAAAUAAACAAGUCCUUGAAGCCUCGAAUUGCGGUGGCAAUUGCGGAUACCUUGAAGAUGCCGUCGUGCCUAAUUUUCUGUCGUACGAACGUGGACUGCACUAACAUGGAGACGUAUCUUAAUUCACUGGGCGCCGCAAAAGGAGCGGCGAACGGGGAGAGGUUUAGAGGAAAACGCGAAGGAGGCAAAGAGAACCCGUAUUCUUGCGUAGUACUGGCGGGUAUGAGAGACCAGCGAGAGCGAGAACAGAAUCUUGCCCAUUUCAAAGAGGGUGAUGUUCGCUUCUUAAUUUGUACGGAUGUGGCAGCCCGAGGCAUUGACAUUCCCGCUCUCCCUUUCAUGAUCAUGAUGAACAUUCCGGACGACAUUGAUCAGUGGUUCCAUCGGGCUGGCCGUGUAGGUAGAGCCCAGAUUUUGGGUCUUGCUAUUACUUUGGCAUGCACUGAAAAAGAAAAGGUUUGGUAUCAUGCAAAUUGUAGGAAUAAGGGAGUAGGAUGUACCAAAACCAAUCUAGUUUCCGACGGAGGCUGCUGUAUCUGGUAUGAUGACCCCAACUACAAGGAAUCACUGGAAGACUUGUUGGAAGUCCCCUUACCAGUCAUGACCCCAGACACAUUAUUUGCGCCUGGCAUCCUAGACACCAACCAAUCCAGCUCGGAUCCCGACCUCUAUAUCAAAAUUGAAAAUCAUAUAACUCCCAGCCCUACCAACACAGCAGCUGCCUUUGGCCAGAGCGCCCCAGCAGACAGUGCUAGCCAACCGCGUUACAACCUCCUACCAGCGGCUCAGGAAUUGUCGAAUUUGGAAGAACAUUUGCAGAAUAUGUAUCUUAAAAUUGCGCCCACUCCGAAGAAAAUUCGGUCCUGA